AUGUCCCUUUGCGACUCCUCCGCCUCGUCGCCGAACUCCUUUCUGAUCUUCGAGCGGGCGUGUAGAGCGCUCGAAGCCUCGCCCCUCGUCCAGUUUUUCCGUCACCCCGUAGUGAUCAACGGGAUAUCGAUGGUGCUCGUGACCGCCGGGUACCACCUCGCGCGGGGAUUAUGGCGCUGGCUCUCCCAGCCGUCGAACUUAUCGCUCACCGUGACAGCCGCAUUCACUCAAGGCGACCCCGCGUACGACUGGCUCGUUAUGUAUCUCGUGAGUUACGUGUCCAUGCCUCCUACAGCGGCCCAGAUAUUGACUGUUCCCCGCAAGACUGACAGGGGCAUCUGGCGCCACGAGUCCGAGAGCGUCAUAUCUGCGCACAGAGGCGAGCACCGCGUCGGCCCCGCCGUGUUCUCGAAGCUGCAUUUCCCGCUGAACGAUGCCAUGGACUUCAUCCCCAUGGACGGGUACAAGGAGCGCUUUUUGUGGCGAGGAUAUCUCGCUGAGGUCGCGGUCAGCCAGGACGAGAGCUACUGGGCGUCGCCGGACGACCGACCGUCGCCAUCGCUCCGCCUGAGGCUGUUCACUCGGAACGUUUCCGCACUGGAACGGCUCGUGGAAGAGGUGCACCAGGCCUCCGUGUCGCGUGGCCUCAAGACCGUCACGCUCCACCACAUCCAGAACAGCUACUUCGGCCGGCCCAUCUGGACGACGGGGGUCAGCCGGUCUCUGCGUCCGUUCGACUCUCUUAUAUUGGACGGCAAUAUCAAAGCCGAGUUACUCGACGAACUCCGCGCUUUCAUGAGCUCUGAGAGUUGGUACCAUGAUAACGGCGUGCCCUAUCGCUGCAGCUAUCUCUUGCACGGUCCCUCUGGCACAGGAAAGACGGCUACGGUAUAUGCAUUGGCCGGCGAGCUGAACCUCAAAGUCUACACGCUUUCUCUUUCCGACCCGAUGAUGAACGACGUGUCCCUGAACCGCCUGCUCGCGCGCGUGCCCGGGGAUGCCAUCCUCCUCCUCGAAGACAUCGACUGUGUCUCCGCCGGCGCUCAAGGGCCCGACACCAUGAGCCGCAACGGCGUACCCCUGCCCGACGCCCAAGAACAAAUGAUCACGGUGUCCGUCUCCGGCGUCCUCGGCCUGCUCGACGGCAUCGGGAGCGACGACGGUCGCAUCAUCUUCGCCACCACGAACCACCCGGCGCAGGUCCACCCCGCUCUGCUGCGCGCAGGCCGGCUCACCCGCACGAUCCCGUACGCACUCGCGUCGCGCGUGCAGGCGUCCGCGCUGUUCGACUACAUCUUCUCCGGCGGGAGCCUUGCCUCGGGCGCUAGCUCCCCCGCUACCUCAGACGGCUCAUCUGCGGUCGGCCGAGAGAGCGAGGCGCACGGGGCCCUACGUGCGCGGUUCGCUGCUGGCGUUCCGGAAGGGGCUCUUUCGAUGUCGGAUCUCGAGGGAUACCUCGUGCGCCACCGGCGUGACUGCGAGGGCGCCGUCGCUGGCGUGAAGGCUUGGGCGGAGUCGGUCGUCGAGCAGAGGCGGGCUCUCGAGAGACUGAGGCUCGCUGACGGCACCCGCGCCUCCUCACGAGUGCUAUGA